AUGGCAUCGUUCAAAGAAACAGUGCCUCGAGUCACUGGUGGUCACGAAGCAUCUCCCUACAGUCAUCCUUAUAUGGUAUCACUGCAGAAAAGGUUUCUGUGGUUUCGACUUCAUAUUUGUGGCGGCUCGAUAAUUAGCAAGAAUAGGAUACUAACCGCGGCACAUUGUGUAUCGGAUUCAUUUCUAAUGAAAUGGCUGCCUCUGGAUGCAAUUGCAGGAAUUCAUAAUAACUAUUUCUUGGGACCACAAGCUCAAAUAAGGACAAUAUUUAAAAAAUAUCCACAUCCUGAUUACAACGGAGGUAUUGGAUCCCAUGAUAUCGCAGUUCUGUACACAUUCUCGCCGUUUAAAUUUUCACGGGAAUUACAACCGAUAAGUUUACCUAAUGAUUUGAAACUCGAGCAACAAUUACUAACAAUAUCGGGCUGGGGUCUUCUAAGUACAAGCAUGUUUAUGUUAGAUUUUCCUGAAAGGCUUCAAGAAAUUGAAGUUACAUAUCUCCCUUACGAAGAUUGUUAUGAAGCUAUAGAAGGCGUGAAAGACGAAGAUGAAGUAAAUCCUCUAGAUGAAGAGACACAUAUCUGCACAGGACCAAUCACUGGUGGAGUAGCCGCUUGCAGUGGAGAUUCCGGAGGACCUUUAGUUUUACACAUUGUUAAAGAUUCUAACACAACAAAAGAAUAUGAUAGCAAUGAAGGUGUAACUAUUGAAGAUUACAAUAAUUCGACAGUUGUAUUACUGGGGAUUGUUUCAUGGGGCAUAACGCCAUGCGGUGAAGUAGGUGCACCAACAAUUCAUACGAAAGUAUCCUCUCAUCUUGAUUUUAUAAACAAUCAUAUGCGAAAAUAA